GCACCAUGAACUCGUGGGACGCGGGCCUGGCGGGGCUGCUGGUGGGCACGAUGGGCGUCUCGCUGCUGUCCAACGCGCUGGUGCUGCUCUGCCUCCUGCACAGCGCCGACAUCCGCCGCCAGGCGCCGGCGCUCUUCACCCUCAACCUCACGUGCGGCAACCUGCUGUGCACCGUGCUCAACAUGCCGCUCACGCUGGCCGGCGUCGUGGCGCAGCGGCAGCCCGCCGGGGACCGCCUGUGCCGCCUGGCCGCCUUCCUCGACACCUUCCUGGCCACCAACUCCAUGCUCAGCAUGGCCGCGCUCAGCAUCGACCGCUGGGUGGCCGUGGUCUUCCCGCUGAGCUACCGCGCCAAGAUGCGCCUCCGCGACGCCGCGCUCAUGGUGGCCUACACGUGGCUGCACGCGCUCGCCUUCCCCGCCGCCGCGCUCGCCCUGUCCUGGCUCGGCUUCCACCAGCUGUACGCGUCGUGCACGCUGUGCAGCCGGCGGCCGGACGAGCGCCUGCGCUUCGCCGUCUUCACGGGCGCCUUCCACGCGCUCAGCUUCCUGCUGUCCUUCGUUGUGCUCUGCUGCACGUACCUCAAGGUGCUCAAGGUGGCUCGCUUCCACUGCAAGCGCAUCGACGUGAUCACCAUGCAGACGCUCGUGUUGCUCGUCGACAUCCACCCCAGUGUGCGGGAACGCUGCUUGGAGGAGCAGAGAAGGAGGCGGCAGCGUGCCACCAAGAAGAUCAGCACCUUCAUAGGGACCUUCCUCGUAUGCUUCGCGCCCUACGUGAUCACCAGGCUGGUGGAGCUGUCCUCCUCGGUGGCCAUUGGCUCCCACUGGGGGGUGCUGUCCAAGUGCUUGGCCUACAGCAAGGCCGCGUCUGACCCCUUCGUGUACUCCCUACUGCGAUAUCAGUACCGCAAAAGCUGCAAAGAGAUUCUGAACAGGCUCCUCCACAGGCGCUCCCUGCACUCCUCGGGCCUCGUGGGCGACUCCCACAGCCAGAACAUCCUGCCGGUCUCUGAGUGAAGGACGCCGCUCUUGCUGGAGACUGAGGAAUGAGACAGUUGGUGAGAAGCGGGGAGGGAGGGCUUGGGCUCCUGGGUGGACACCCCCAGCUGCCACCCACCUGUGCGGCCAGCGAUUCCGGUUCCCUGGCUCGCAGGGGCCCUGAAGCCUGCUUCCUGGUUCCUCAAGGGCAGAGGCUGGACUGUCCCUAUUUUGCACCAAAGGAUGACCAUGGUUGCUCACUCUGGGUUUUUCUUUCGGAGAAGCUCCUUUGGGCUCCUGGACUCACCAGAGACUCCCCAGGAGUGACGCUGAGUCUGGUCUUGAUCAAGGACACGCGGUGCUGGUGGCAGGUGGGGAAGCAUGGCAUCCACCUGCUUCCUAACCACUAGGCGUUGGGCUCCAUGCUGAAGAAUAGUGGUGGUCUCCACGGGACAUCAGUCAUGCUGAAAGUGCGGUUGGCAGUGGCCAUUCGGCCUUACGUCCAGGAUGGCUGCUCUUAUCCACGUGGAAGUGGCGGCUGCUUUAACCCAAAUAUUAUCCAGCUGGGACUCACUAAAUUGUGCUCAGCUGGGACUCUUGGGACCCUGAGCCCAAGGGGAAAAUGUUUAACAACUAGCGGCUGCCCAUUUGUUGCCGAGCAGUGGUCUUAGAGAUGGUUACAUUGGAUUAAACUCUGGUCCCCCACAUCCCCGCAAAAGCUAACGUCUGUGUGUGUAGACAAUCUUAGCAUGAAAAUGGUUCAAAUAGGCAGGUAAUACAUGUGAUAAUGUUCUUGGA